AUGGAUGCACUAGAUGCGGCCAUUGAAGAUCUGAUGACGCAAGCCGGGAAGUUUAAGUACGACGUCAUCGGACUGACCGAGAGGAGGCGACGUCACCCUCUCAACGCCGUAUAUGAAACUGGAGAAGAACUGUUCAUAGGAACAUGCGACAGUAGAGAGUUGAUGAGAAGAUGUGGUUCAACCCCAACUUUGACAAUCUUCGUCAUUUACGCUCCAACAUCAAGCUACGAAGAAGAAGAUGUCGAAGCUUUCUAUAUGGGCCUGGAAAAGUUCUACCGAGAAGAUCAUGUCUUCCACAAGGGGGUGAGGCUUUCCGAGUUCAUCACGGCGACUAAGGCCAUCCAUGGGAACUCACAAUUCCAGAAGCCCUCCUUUUUACGCUGGACGUGGGAGUCACCGGAUGGAGGAGGAGAAAAAGCCGCGAAGUUCACUAUGCGAACUCCCAAAACUAUCAUCGACUUGGAGCUCUUCGCUUCGCCUGUCGACUUUUGGGAAGAUACCGUAAUGGACAACAUCGACGACGAAUAUGAACGGUUUGUAGAACAUCUUCACGACUGUACGAGGAAAGCGAAGAGUUUAAAAACCACCAAGAGAUGCCGGUCUCCGAAAACUCUAGAACUGAUACGUCAGCGUGGACAUGCACGGGCUGCAGGCAACCAAGAACUCACGUCCGGAGUCGCAAAGCUUUGCAGAGAAGCGAUAAAGGAAGACGUCAAAGAAAGAAGAGCAAAAGUGUUGGCUGAAGCUGCAGAGGCGGGACGGAGCAUUUGUUAUGUCCGUCGGAACUUCGCCAAUCGUAAAACAACAAUGACUGCUCUCCGGACCCCAGAUGGAACAACUACAGCAUCGAGAAGGGGGAUGGAAAAGGUCAUUCACGACUUCUACUCGGAUCUCUUCGACAGCCACGUCCACUUGCCUCCUUACCAUCUGAGGAAAGAUAGACGUGUGAUUUCAAAGGUCCUCCCUUCUGAAGUCCGACAUGUCAUCGUGUCGGUGACGAAUCGUACUUCACCCGGUAUCGACAGAAUCAAGAAUGAACAUCUGAAGUGCCUACCGCCAGUCCUCAUCAACACACUGGCGAGGCUCUUCACUCGUUAUCUGUCGGAAUGCAAGGUUCCUAAGCAAUCAGAAACCAGCAAGACUGUGCUGUUGUAUAAGAAGGGAGACCCACAAGACAUCGGCAACUAUCGUACAAUCUGCUUAUUGUCUGUCGUCUACAAGCUCUUCACAAGAGUAAUCCUAAACAGGAUAGAAAGAAAAUUAGAUGAAGGACAGCCAUGCGAAAUCAUCACGAGAGUACAAGAUCCGCUGUGUCUCACUUUCAUCUAUUUAAAGAAAGCCUUUAAUACAGUUGAGACCGAAGCGGUCAUGGAGGCCUUGGACAACCAAGGCGUCCCUACUCCAUACAUAAAGGUACUUCGUGAGUUGUAUAGAAUUUUCACGAAAUCCAAAAUCUCCCCAUUCUACAAGAAUAUCAUUGAUGUGAAAAGAGGGGCUCCUCAGGGCGGCACAAUUUUACCAAAAAUAUUCAGUGCCACUCUCGAGAACGUGAUGCGAGAAUUGGAAUGGGAAGACAUGGGAGUAAAGGUUGACGCCCGGCAUUUACAGCAUCUUCGUUUCGCUGAUGACAUCGUUCUUAUAACGGAUGCUGGCCGAAUUUGA